AGUUAAUCAAAUGACAUCUGAUCAUAAGAUGUUAGGAGCCAGCACUUUGUCACUUUUAUGUCUGUUAGCAUUUGCAAGCCUGUUCUAUGUCAACACAGCAGAAGGUGAGUUUUUAUCCUAUUUGUUUUCCUUCUUAACAGACUAAUAUGUUCAUUUGCAAAAAAUAUAUAUAUAUUUUUUAUGCUUAUUAUAUCUAUAUACAUUUUUCUAUUUGGCUUGUUUACGUCAACACUGUUAUGUUUUAAUAUUUUAACCCCUUAAGGACACAUGACAUGUGUGACAUGUCCUGAUUCCCUUUUAUUCCAGAAGUUUUGUCUUUAAGGGGUUAAAGUUCAGCUUCUAAAGUCUUUCACCGGUAAUAUACAAAGCACUUCUCACCACAAGACGAGGACUGGGGAGAACAAGCUAAUUGUAAACGUUGGUCAAAAAUUCCCUUUUAGGAAAAAUCGGCACCUUUUUAUUUUACCAUCUCGGUUAUUUCUACCUAAAACGUGCAAUCCUGUUUGCAAGCUAUGCACUUAUCGGUAUUAGAGAAUAAACUUUAAUAUGGUGCAAUUAUUUCACAUGUUUUAUCUUAAAAUUCUGACAAAUGCAGAUAGAUAUAGAAGGUUAUGGAUAGGGUAAGGUAGUAUAGAAAAGAUCCAAGCUUUUACCGUUUUUUGUAAAAAGGUCUGUGUUUAUAAAAUAUUUUGAAAAUGCACUAUUAGCACUUUCCUGUCCCCCAUAUUAUAUUUAAAACCGAAAUAUAUUGCAUGAACAAAAUAUCAGAUCUGAAUUGAUCUUUACGGAAAUCAGGGAAAUGUUCUAUAAAUAGAAUAGAAAGUCGUUUUUUUUUUACUUAUUAAACAUUAACAUUUUGUAUUAUCAAGUUCUUACGACAAUCUGAUUCUUUCUUUUCGGAAUAAAGGUAUCCAGGCAGUGUAUUCCUACUUUCUGUUUAUGUAUUGUAGCAUACAGAUGAGUGUCUACAACUAUUUCCAGUACCAGAAAACAAAUAAAUUAUUUUUAUAUUUUAUUAUUUUACUAAUAUUUAACUAAUCAGUUACCUUAACAAAACAGAGCAAGAACAAGAAGAUAAAACUCUAUAUUUCAUACUUAUGAAUAAACUUAGAGUAGAAGUCAUAUUUCUAGAGCCAAGGGUUUUUACUAACUCAAACAAUUAUCAAUGUACUUAGUACCAACAAACCCAGACACACGAUAGUGUACAAUGAUAGAGAGAGUAUAAAAGAUGAUAGAUUGUCAGGUACGUUCUUCUGUCAACAAAUUAAUAGUACAAAUAAUAAUACAUUAAUUUGACUUAUACAGUAGAAAUGUUCUUGCUAUGUUAAUGUGUUUUUGCUAUUUCUAUGAGGGUUAUUAUUGCUACACAAAGUACAUUGUACUGAGAUACAUUUUCUAUCCCCUUUUUAAUGCUGUAGGCUUGUUUGAUUGUUGCUAUACCUAUACCAGGAAGCCUCUGCCUCGCAAACAAAUUAAAGGAUAUGUCAUGCAGAAUUCGUACGAAGUGUGUGAUAUAGACGCAGUAAUGUAAGUUUUAUUUAAUUAUAAAAAAAAUCAAUUUAAUUUGUAGGCAAUGCAUAUUACUUAGUUAUAUCAUUUGUAUGCAUCUUAAAACAGAUGGUUCUCAGUGUCUCAGACAUGCCAUGGUUUUGUCAUUGACCCCUCACAACUGUCUUUAAAAUAAAAUGGGAAAAAAAAACACCUUUAUUGACAUGGUCAAAGUAAAAAGUGUAACCCUUAUUGUUCAUUUUUUCAUAAAAUUACCUCUAAAACACGAGGUGUACUGGGAAAGUAAGAAACACUGUAUACAUACCUUGAAUGGUUAAAUAUGUCGAUGCUAUUGUUUAUUAAUAGGUUAUCUGCUGCAGAUAUCCUGUUUGCAAGAUAGUGUUGGAGGAUUGUCUACAUUGUAAAUACGCCAGCUAUUAAGACACAAGUUUGACUAGAAGACAUUACCCACUUCUGAGUCAAAUGUGUUUUGUAACAGUUUUUAUGUGUGAUUACAUUGUUUAAUGUGAUGUUCUGCUAGUGUAUGGUCCUGUGUGAGAUAAUGGGAGACAAAUUAACUGUCUUACUUAAUUUCCAGAUUAAUUACAAAAAAAUUCAAAGUCUGUGCCAAUCCCAAGGAUAAGUGGGUCAUGAAAAUCAUUAAAGCAAAAAGGUAGGACACUUUUUACUAAACGCUUAUUUUGUAGACAAUAGAAGAGUCAGAUAUUCUCGGAAUGAUCAAAUCGUGUCACCCAAAAAAUCAGAAGCAGGACUAAAUUACAUUUUGCAAACAAAAAUCACUUUGCUUGUAGUUUCAACAUUAAUAAACUAAAACAGUCCAUAAACAAAUAGUGGUCAGUUAACCAAAUGGCAAAAUUAAGGGUAUUUUUUCCACUUUCCAUUUUAGCCUAAAUUUAGCAAAUUGGUUAUUAAUUCCUCUUACUGCAGACAUCAGUGAUAAGGCUCUACAACAAUGUACUGAAUGCUUCAACAAAAUGCAAAUCUAUUCACCAAAGAAAACGUAAAAUAACACAAAAUAAUGGUGAAGACAAAUAGUUGCUGUACAGUUGUGUAUCUCUGUUUUUUUUUUUAUUGUACACAAAGCAGUCUGGGUAUCAAACCUCUCUCACAAGUAAGUGUAUGUUAAGUUGUCAACACACUUUUUUGGAGUUAACAUACAGCAACAUUUUUGAUCAGCGCUAUUAGUAAUAGUCUGUUUUGGUUUUUUCCUUCCAUGUAUAUUUGAGCUAUCAAUGAAAUUAAGUAAUCGAAGAUGGUUAAACUACAAAAGAAUUAUGUCUUGGUGGCACUACAAUUUUAUGGUUUUGUGUUGUUUUUCACAUAAUAAAAUCCUUAUAUAGUUUUAAAUAUUCGAUAAGUACACUAAGGACAAUGAGCUCAAUACUUCUCUCCUGUGGGAGAAGUAGUUAUAAUUCAACAUUUGCUUUUUAAUAACAGGAUAUGCUUUUUCCGUUUUUUUUAAUAUUAGCACAACACACGUGCUAAUCAUGAGCAAUGCCAAAUCAAUGUCUUAUUUGUAGCAGAGUUGCAGCUACUGCUGUUUGAUGUUGGAUGGCAUUUUAACUGACGUAGCAAAGAUCAUUAUAAUGGAUUUAGGCCAAAUACAUUCCAAUGCCAGGAUCAAAGGGCUAAUCAUGUAAUUUUUUUAUCAUUAUUUGCAGCAAAGGACCGAAAAGCCCUGGGAAACAUGUGAAGCCUACAAGUGACAGUUCUGGAAACUAAGCUCAUUUUUUUUUUUUUUAGCUUUCGUAAUUUAUAUACUUGCAUCAUUAUAUUUACCUUUUUGUUUGCAAAAAGCUGCACAAAACUGGUUUCUGCUGAAACUGCUGAAUAUUUCUUUUCUGUGACAUUCUGAUCAUAUUGCAUCGUUAUAGGGUUAUUCGCUAAAAUGAAAACUGAUCUCAACCUGAUUUUUACAUUUAAGGUCAUAAUAGCCUAAAUGGAAAAAUUCAAGUAUGCUCCCCAUUCAGCUACUUUGACCUUAAAUUUGAAAAUCAGAUUAAAUUUACUUUGAUUUCUCUCUUUAUUGUUUUUGUAUAUUGGGCUUUCAAUGGUGUAUGUGUAUAUUCCCUAUUUCUUUGAAUGAAUGUAUAAUAAAGGUCCUAUAUAUUGUCUUGCCUGGAGAAAUUCAAAUAAACUAUAUAAAAAAAA